GCAGAGAGGGGACGGUGCGCACCCCGGGCACUGUUCAGGGGGUGAAUGAUUGGGGUGCAGGGAAUAGAGCAUACCUCAGUCGUGGGAGGGAAAUGGGUUCCCCGUUAGUGUGUGUGGGAGGGAAUGGAGGACCCCCUUUGAGUGUGGGAAGCUGUGAGGGGAAAUGGAGCUCUCUUUAGUAUGUGUGUGAAGGGGUGAUUAUGGGGGAAUGGAGUCCCCCCUUGUGUAUGAGAGGCAGUUGUUGGGGGAAUUGAGCUCCCUUAGUGUAUGGGGGUCAAUAAUGAGGAGGGAAUGGACCCCCUUCAAUGCAGGAUCUGGGUGGUGUACUGGAAUGGAGAAGGAUAUGGAUUUUUUGGAAUAGCAGGGAAUGGUUGUGAGGGGAAGCCCCUUGCAUGGGUUGCAACUCUCCAAGCAAUGUGUUGUAUUUGGAGAGUGGGGGGAGGGGUCUGUGACCAAAAGAAGGUUGGGAUCCUUUUGCCGCUUAUGCUGAAACAUCCAUGUUUCUUAUCUGUGUCUUGGCAGCAUCUGUCCUGUCUCUGGCUGGCUCCCAUCCUCAAUGCUGCCACCUCACCUGGGUGGCUCUUAAGGGAAUCUGGUGUCUUUGGUAACAAGAGGGAGGCUCUGCUGAUAUGUGCUCCCCUGUGGCCGGUUCUAAGAUUCUCUAUCGGAACUCCCGCCUCUUGCGCAUGGCGUUCCUGCAGCUCCAUCGCCAGCAGAGGGCAGAUGUAUUCUGUGAUGUCAUCCUGCAGGCAGAAGGAGAGGCUGUACCAGCUCACUGCUGCAUUCUCUCUGCCUGCAGCCCCUUCUUCAUGGAGUGCCUGGAGAGGCAAAUGCCCUCCAAGGAGUGCAAAGUGGUGCUGGAGCUGCGGGGUCUGAAGAUCGGGACACUGCGGAAGCUGGUGGAUUUCCUAUACACCUCGGAGAUGGAAGUGUCCCGGGAGGAGGCCCGGGAUGUCCUGGCUGCUGCCCGGCAGUUCCAAGUAGCAGAACUGGAGUCGCUGCAGCUGGAGGGUGGGAAGCUGGUGAAACAGGUGCUGGGUCGGCGCUUGAACCGGAAGUGCCUGCAGCCGCCCUGCCUGGUUCCUAUCUCUGCUAGGGUUGUGCCGCAAGCCUGCCCUCCUGCUCCCACUAUCCCACAGACAUUCCACCCCCUGGUGGCAGGCAAGCAAUGUACAGCAAAGCCCCCAGCUGAUGGUGGGGUACAUGCCAGCAGCACCACUAGUCAAGCGGAGAGCGCCAAGUAUUGGGCGGCUGUAGUACCUCAGAAUGGGGGAGCCCAGUCGGGGAUGCAGGGUGUGGUGGCUCCCGUGCAACCAGUGGAGACUGGGAACGUGAGAACCAAGAGCCACUACUUGGGCUUAGACAGGAGCCUUGGUGUGGGGAGCACACUGGGCAAGGCUGAAGGGUCACAGGGUGAGAGGAGCGCUGAGCAGGCCUUUCCCAGCGAGGGCUGCACCACAGACUGCUCACCACUGCCAAGAAAGAUCAAGCUCAGCCGCCUGAAACUGCCGCCUCCCCCCAGUGCCUGUGCCACGAAGGCACCCCCCACUGUAGCACCUGGCAAGACCCCCACAUCCAUCCGGCGCCUCUGGCGGCAGAAGACCCCAGGCUGGGAUGAAGCAGAUGGGCCAGAGCAGGCCAGCCCCUCUUGCCAUGGCGGGAGCCUCCCUGUGCCUCCAAAGACCAGCAACAGGAAGCACAGCUCCAGUGCAUCGGCUUCUGGCUCAGACACUGCCCCAGAGGAGGGGCAUGUGGGUAGUGUGAAGCUCAGGAAGGUCGUCAAUGGGAGUUGCUGGGAGGUGGUACAAGAGACAUCAGCCAGGGAGCCCAAGGGAGCCCCAGUGACAAUGGGAGAGACAGGCACCUCCCUUGUGGCUUCCCCACCCAGCUCCAGACCGCACAAGUUUACGCACUGGCCAGAGCUGCCAGGGACGUGGGCAGCCAGCUCCACUGAGCUGCUGGCUGGAAGGUUGGAGGCUGUGCUGCUUCCUGAGCAGGUGACAGUAGAACAGGGACCUUCAGAUGGGAGAGAUGGCUGCAGGGACCCUUAUGAGCUGGACAUGGCGGCAUUGGAGCCCUUGAGUGAGAAUGAGGAGUUUGGGGACUCAGCGCCGCUGGAGCAGAUGCUGGACCUGCUGCUAUCAGGCAGUGGUGUUGAGGGCUUGGGCGCUGCUGGGCCAGGAGGAACGGCAGGCUGUGCCCCUUCCACGGGCCCAUCACAUGGGCCAAACAUGACACCCAUGGGUGCUGCUGCAGCAGGCGAGGAGUGGCAUCCCCCAGAGAUGCAGCUGUGGCCAGAGUGGGACGACCCAGGAAAGGGGCCCCUGCCAGGGUGGGAGGUGGGGGGUGGUCAUUCUGCCCUUAGCACUGCAGAUGGGGAUCCCCUGGGGCAGUCUGUGAGUGGCCAUCUUGUAUCCAGGAGGGUUCUCUCUAGCGGUCACCACCCCACCUCAUUCAGCCCAGUGCCUCUGGCUCCUGCCAGCCCCCAGACUCCUCAGCACCCUUCACUGACAGCUGGCAGCAGGGAGGCUCAGUUGGGCCCACUCCCCAGUGUCCCUGCGGAAGAUGGCAUGGGGAAAGGGCAGGGACCCUGCACCACCCAGGCUGCUGGGAUGGAGACAAAACUUCAGCUUCAGGCACCCUGGGGGCUGCCCCGAAGCAGCCCAAAGCAUGGCCCUUUGGACCAUCAGCCCCCUGACAGUCCGGAGGGCGACGAGAUUGACAUCAUGGCCGGCGCUGAGGAGGCACUGGUACCUGCUGGCAUCACCUGCGUCAGGCCUGACCCCUCCUCGGAGUCUGAUGAAGAGGUGGACAUUCUGAACUAGUGGCCACCAGGCCUGGUCUAUAGCGGAGGGGAAGGGCGUCUAGCCUAUGGGAGCCAUCACAGCCAGCUGGCCACUGAGGUGUAGCUGCCAUAGCUGAGACUGACUGUGGGAAGCUGCUAGUAACAAAAUGAAUCAGGUUGUUGGAGUGGGGAGCUCUGCAGACCUUGACAGUGGGAAGAGCUGU